GAUUCACCGACCGAACGCCACAGAGAGCCGUGCGCGGUCAUGAAAUGCGCUUCUCGAGAUAAUGGGGGGAUGAUGGUUAAAGCAUGGUGGCUGCCUGCAACAGGAACGCGUAUCCUGUUUGCGAUUGCAGCCAGAGGCCGCGAGGAUCUGCAUGCAUCGAGAUCUGGCCCGGCUCUGCAUGCAAACAGACCACCGAGGGAAACCAUUCAGCUAGCAUAGGCAUUGCGGGGAAGAACACACAGCAACCAAUCGUUUUGCUUCGACUCAGCUGUGAACAGCUCGGUUGUCUCGUUUGUCGUCUGCUCUAGCUGCACAAUCUUAUGUUUGGAAGCCGCCUCUCGAAGUUGCUUGGGCCUGCAAUUUGUUCCUCUAGUCAACCACCCCAGCUCCGGUCGGUGUUGCAACAAUCAAUCUUCAGGACAAUGGCGUCUUCACCAGCUCUUGCCUACAUCAUUGUCUACGUGGAAGAUGUUGAGAAGUCCAUUGCCUUCUACGAGAAGGCCUUUGGGCUGAAGACCAGGAUGGCCACUGGGGAGAAGAGGACUGCCUGGGCUGAGAUGGAGACUGGCUCCACAACACUGGCUUUCACCCCAAAAGCGCAGCGGGAGACUGCUCUUUCCGGCGGUGUCAAAUCACACGACGACAGUGAGGCUGCCCCCAACGUGUUGGUCAGCUUCACGUACGAUGACGUGAACAGUGCGUACAAGCACGCCAUCGACUCUGGCGCAAAGCCGUGCGCAGAGCCCGAGCCCAAACCGUGGGGCAUGACUGCCGGGUACGUCAAGGACAUUGACGGGAUCCUCGUACAGAUUGGUAGCCGCGUGAAGAAGCAGCAGUAAGCAACCGACUGCGUUGUUGGCGCUUAGAGAGAGUUACGAAGUUCCGAGCGUUAGCGAUUUGUAACAUAAAUGAGUAGUGUGUACCAAAUAUUUGAUCACGUCCUAUUUUUGCCUUGGUUUGAUAGCUCUGAGAGUCGAUAUUGAACCUCGGAACCCUCGUUAUGUGGAGGACAUAUAGAGAUCAUGGAAGCUGGCCCACGAGUUUCGCACAUACGGAAUAUCCUUUCGGGCAAACGUCAGUGACUCAAAUGGAUUAAACCUUCCAUGUAUACUUUGGGAAAAAUUGCACAGUAUUUGCGACCCCGCUUCAGCAUUCUGGUG